AUGGUUUCUAUUUCCUUCUCUUCCUUAGUAGACAAUCUACGACACUCGCUUAUAGGCAAGCCUUGGAUGGCGUUAUUGCGACCUCCCAGAAAGAUACAACCUACACCAGCAGCAGCAACCACCGUUCGAGUGCUUUAUCCAAGGUUUUUGAAAAAUCCGACAAGUGGCGUGAUUCUCGAUCGUUACGAUACCCCACCAUUACCAUCGACAACCCCUUCUUCUGCCGUUACAACCCAUAAACCCAAUAACUCUAUCGAGUGGAUGCCUGUGACCCCGCAUUAUCGAGCACCUCGAGCACCUAUUGUUCUCUGUCAUGGUUUAUAUGGGUUUGACAAAUGGGGUCCAGCUUCUUUUCCAAUGCUGCAAGUGAGGUAUUGGGGUGGCAUUGAAGAGACAUUAGCCAAGUUGGGUGCCAAGGUGAUUGUCACCAAAGUUCCACGCACUGGAAGCGUGUGGGAAAGAUCUCAGGAACUCCAUGCCAUUCUUAAAGCGGUACUUUCUGGUAGCAAAGUCAAUUUUGUGGCCCAUUCUAUGGGCGGUCUUGAUUGUCGGUGUCUAUUGUCCCAUAUCCAUAAUCGUCCUUAUCACGUUCAAUCAUUGACGACCAUUGCAACCCCACACAGGGGUUCCCCACUCAUGGAUUGGUUUCGUGACCAUGUGGGUGUCGGUGUACGAUUUGCGACGGCUGCUGCAGCAGCAGCGGCAGCAGCAGCUACUGCUUCAUCAUCAUCUACUACAACCUCUAGUGAAAAGAGACGCUAUGCAAACUACUUGCUUGAUCCAGUUAUACAAAUGCUUGAUACGCCUGCGUACGCCAAUUUGACAACUGAUUAUUGCCAAAAUCAUUUCAACCCAAGUACCCCUGAUGAUCCAAACGUUGCUUAUUAUUCUUAUGGUGCCGAUACUCAUAUUCCUCCAUGGACAUUAUUGGGGUGGACGCAACAAGUGGUCGGCGAAAAGGAAGGACCCAAUGAUGGGAUUGUUUCAGUGGCCAGUGCUAAAUGGGGCACGUAUAUCAAAACAUUGAAUGCCAAUCAUUGGGAGUUGAAUGGUCAAAGACCUAAAUGGCGAUCCUCCAUCCCCUCCUUGUCUGAGAAACCUUUCUUUGAUUCCUCCGAAUUCUACGUUGAGCUGGCAGACCAUUUGUACCAGCAGGGACAUUGA